AAGGGGCUGAGCUGGACCCAAGGAAAGAAACAAUAAAUAUACAAAAACACACCCCUAAGCUAGACUAGCCUACUUUAACAACAACUAACUAACUAACCAAAAAUACAGUGGGUGGUCCGCCCAGUUCUAACUAGUGUAUUUAACAAAGUUCACCUACGGGUAGUGUAUGCCCAUGGGUGACUUGUCUUGGUUUCCCCCUUUUCCCACCAGCAAACAAACAAACACCAUAACCAAAAACAAUACUCACAGGUGAUGACAAAGUGCUAUGGAGGUGCUUUAAACAAAAGAGAGGUCAAGACACAAAGCGAGAGUGAAACACAGAGACCUACAGACAGGGGGAUUGAGCUAGAGAUGAGCUGCUGAGCUGAGCUUUAGAACAAACAAAUGAUGGGGUUUUUAAACCAUGGGGAAGGAACUGUGAUAGGUCAGGAAAUAGGAGGAGGUGUGUCUUCUGAUUGAUGAUUGAUUGUUGACUGAUUGGGGAGUGAUGGUUUUCACCUGUGAGGAGAGAAGGAGAGAAAAAAAACACACACAGGAUACACACACACACACACACACACACACAGGAUAACUGUAUCCGUAACAAUGUCCUUGCAGAGACCACAUGGUAUAUUCAAUUACAAACCAAAAUAAAACACAGCCAGGAAAAAGUUUGGAGUAAUGAAAACACGGAGGAGGCUAUAGGGUCAUGUCAAUCAGUAAUGGCAUAUGUAAUGUUUAAAGUACCAAGGUCCACCACAGGUGACAGAAAAAGUGGAAAGGUUCCUUCCCCCCGACCAAGGCCAGAGUGGCAUACGGCACUGCCAUUAGGAGUUAGAAGAAACUCCGGAGAUAACGUCACCCCAUUAGGCCAAACAUAGUUGUUGUUUUUUAGACGGAGGCAAAACCCCAGAGCAUGCAGAAGGUAGACGACGUCCUUAAUAGAUGCAGAGCCAACCAGGCUACAAAACCUGAUAUGACUGAAUACUUUGAGCUCCUGGAGAAGACGCUGGAGCAACAUGGGUUGAAGGAUAAACCUUGUCAGAUUUACAACUGUGCUGAGACAGGGUUCCAGAUGGAUGCAUCUAAAAGAAAGGUCCUUGCACCAAAGCGCUCAAAAAAUAAUUGCAUCCAGGCACUUGGUACACGUCACCGUGUGUCAGUACUGGCUUGCUUUAAUGCGGCUGGUGAAGAUGACCCCCCUUUCAAAAUUUUUGGAAAGAGAUUCCCAGGAGGACCUUACACCAAGGAAGGUACAGCUAAUGCUCUCUGGAACAUCGCCAUCAGGAUAGAUUGACUAUGAACUCUUCAGGGGGUGGUUUGGGAAUCAUUUCAUCAAGUAUGCUGUGAAAACACGCCCCCUGCUGCUGGUGUUUGAUGGAAACAAAAGUCACCUUGAUCCGGAGGUGAUUUAGGCAGCAAGAAAAUAAUGUUGUGCUCCUAGUUCUUCCUCCAAACAGCUCUCACGUUCUGCAGCCCCUGGAUUUGACCUACUUCUCUGCUUUGAAGACUGGGUUUUUCAAGGUGGUUGGAGACCGUUGCCACUUAAACUCCGUAGUCAUUUCCAAUAUGGACUUUCCCAUGGUUCUCCAUCAGCCGUACCAGCAAUGCAAAGAGCGGAAGAUUGUAAUCAGUGGGUUCAGAAAAGUUGGGAUCUUCCCCUUUAAUCCCAGUGCCAUAGAUUGGAGUAAAAUAGUUCCCUUGACAUCCAAAAAGCAACAGCCCCAAAAGACUGCGACUCCAUCAGCGCCACUCCAUCAGUGCCACCAUCAGCAGUAACUCCCAGCAAGUACAUGUCCAAACCCUGGUGGCAGCAGGACUGAAUAAUCCAGAAUUGGCUGAGGUCUUCACAGAGAUAGAUAAUUAAAAGAAGAUGGCACCAAGACCAAGUAAGAUGAAGACCCCACUGAAAGCUAGGGUUAUUACUGAGGAAGAGUAUGAGAGGGAGAUGAGACUGGAGUCGGCAAGGAAAAGAGACAGCAAGACACCGCCUCCUCGUAGCACAACCCCCCCCAAUGCCACGGAGACCCUCCAACCAGCCCUGCUACUUCUCCCUCAGAGGGUGAAACUGCAUCUCCCGCAGUCAAACAAACAAGUUAAUCCAGUAGAACUCCGAGUAGGUCACAUCAGAGUACUGAGGAGGGGAGAGACUGAGAACUGGAAGCUGAACAACAAAAUAGUAGAGGUCCUCAAACCAAGAGGGCUGGGUUGAGGCACAAGAGAUUGGACUAUGGUGAUAACUCCCAACGAUGAGGAUGGUUAUGGUAUCAAUCAAGCCUCAGCCAAGUCCCUGGUUCCCCAAAGCUUGCUCUCUCUGGCAAGGGUCCAACAGCGGAGGGGUUGCGUAGGGCAGCCUUUCCCCGGUCCAGGCCUGGUACUCCAGGGGUCCCUGUUCACCCACAUCCAGAAGCCACUGAAGAAGCAUGGACUGGUCCCUCUGGGCACGCUUUAAAUGAAUACAUUUCUGGAGCUGUUCAGUCUUAGACAGCAAGCUGGUGAGGUGACAUCCACCUGCGUCCCAGCCCCAGACCUGCAGGGCUCCACAAGGUCUUCGUCCCAGAAGAAGAGGAACUCCUUCCCAGGAGUGUGAAUCAUGUGAUGGAGAGAGUGAUGGCGAGGCACUAUGACUUUGACCUCACCUACAUCACUGAGCGGAUCAUUUCUGUCUUCUUUCUGCCUCACCUGGAAGAACAACGUUACCGUGGCAACCUACAGGAAGUGGCUGCUAUGCUCAAGUCCAAACAUCAAGAUAAGUUCCUGCUCUUAAACCUGUCUGAGAAGCGUCAUGACAUCACACGACUCAGCCCCAAGGUUGAAGACUUUGGCUGGCCCGACCUGCACGCCCCUCCGCUGGAGGGGAUCUGUGCCAUGUGUAAGGUCAUGGAGACCUGGCUGACCUCUGACCCCAGCAACGUGAUCGUCCUUCACUGCAAGGGAAACACAGGGAAGAUUGGGGUCAUUGUGGGUGCCUACAUGCACUACAGCAAGAUCUCUGCAGGAGCGGACCAGGCCCUAACCACUCUGGCCAUGAGGAAGUUCUGUGAGGAUAAAGUCUCCUCCUCGCUACAACCCUCCCAGAACAGGUAUAUGUACUACUUUGGGGGUCUGCUGUCGGGGGCGAUCAAGAUGAACAGCAGUCCUCUGUACCUUCACCAUGUUCUGAUCCCCAGCCUGCCCAACUUCCAGGCAGCAAGGGGAGGUUACUAUCCUUUCCUGAAGAUCUACCAGUCUCUACAGCUGGUCUACACCUCGGGCAUCUACGACCCCCAGGGCUCCAGGGCGAGGAAGCUGUGUGUGACGCUCGAGCCUGCGCUACUGUUGAAGGGGGACAUCAUGGUGAAGUGCUACCACCGGCGGCCGCGUGGCUCAGAGAGGGAGGCGGUGUUCAGGCUGCAGUUCCACACCUGUACCGUCCACGGAGCUCAGCUGUGGUUCGGCAAGGGAGAGCUGGACCUGGCCUGUGCAGAUGACCGCUUCCCUCCAGAUGCUACGGUGGAGUUUAUCUUCUCCUACGGCCCAGAGAAAAUGAAAGGGCGAGAGUACUGUAAGAAUGACCCAUCUGUUACAGUGGACUGCAACACCUCAGACCCAGUGAUGCGCUGGGACUCCUAUGAGAACUUCAAUCUGCACCACCAGGAUAGCACUGAAGACAUCUCCCACACGCGUGGUCCUCUGGAUGGCAGCCUGUACGCCCAGGUGAAGAAGCAUCGAGGCCGGGGUUCUCCCAAUGCAUGCUCCACAGGCAACCCCACAGCCAAGCCCCCUCCACCGGCCCAGCCUCAAUCUCAACCUCAGCCCCUGUCCCUCAGCUCCGACUCGGGACACUCCUCCACCCCCUCCGAACACAUGGAGGACCCCCCUCCUUGCCCCCUGUCCCGCCUGGAGAAUGAGAAGGAGGUGGUGGACUGUCUACUGCGGAGGGGGGAGGGUGGAGAGAGAGACAGGGCAAUGCAGAGGGAGAGGGACCGGGAAAUGGCAAUUUUGGAUGAUGGAGACUCUGUUCCAGAAGGAGGGCUGAGGCGGGAGCAGUGGUCAUGCCACGGUCGAAGAUGUCAGAGGUGUGGGGAGGCAUCGGGUUGGGAGAGGGAGCCGUGCUUUGCUAACGGACAUUGUAUGGCCCGCUGUAACAGCAGCACCAAGGGGAACCUAAAGAGCCGAGCAUUAUCCGCCUUACUCUCCCAGCAGCCGGUGUCUCCUCGCCCCCUGGAGCCCCAUCUGGACAUGUGCCAUCUCCAUAGUGCCCAUCCCCUGCCCAAGUUGCCGUGGGAAUGUCCCCCGCCCCCUUUACCCUGUCUCCAUCGGCCAUGCUACCCCUACCCCGCCCCUGAACACGCCCCCCCAAACUCCCACACCAUCCCGGCCUCCAAUAGGCUCUUCUACGGUGGAGAGGAGUGUCGGGUCUUUCAUUACCCCGCCACCCGCCCUGCCCCACCUCGCCUCUCCCACCAAUCCCUGCCCUCCAGCCCAUAUAGGGAGAUGUUUUUCAGCCCGGCGGCUCCUCCUCGCUCUGAUGGCUGCCCAUGCCGAGACUGCACCUGCAGGCAAGAGCACCAAUCGGCUUCAGCCAGAGCCUUCCACUCGCUGUGCCCGGACCAACCAGAGAGCCUGCACUGGCCCCGAGGGCAGGACUCUGAGCUGUGGGACAGGGAUACGGGGCUGAGGCGGCGGAGGGAGGGGCCUUAUCAACUAUGGGAGCCGGAUAAUUCGUGGGAGGCGGAGAGAGAGGCAGAGUUUUGGCAACAGAGGUCAGUGAGAGGGAUGUCACCCUAUAUAGGUUGUCACUCCCCCCUGGGUCAGGGUCCCGGGGACCCCAGCCCCCAACCCCUCCUGGACAACCCCGGUGGCAGCAGUGGGUACAACACACUCCUACCCCCCUGCCACUCCUACCCUUGCUCUCCCUACCAGCAGGACCCCCCCUCGGAGAGCCACGGGAGCCCGAGGUAUGCCUCGGGGUACCAGUCUGGGUCCACCUUACCCCUGCCCCCUGGUAGCCCAAACCCUGGUGACUCCCAAUCGGAACCACCCACCGACUUGCAGCAACAGACUGACACUUGUGCAUCAUAUAUGGUGCAAAGCAGUGUGGGUAUGGAGGACUCUUCUUCCCAGGGGUCGCUGGGGCAAAGUGAGAGGAAGCCAGAUGAACAGACAUUUGACGACACUGUAGAAGGUUCCCCCCUGAGUCCUCCAGAUGGUCGCCAGGAGCCAAGUCAAGGGCCCCAGCAGAUAGAGCCCCUCAGUGGGACCCCCAUUUAUGCAGAGCCAGCCUCCACCUCCACCAUCCUGGAGCUUAACACCAGUAGUAACAGUAGCACGCCGGAGAUCGAAAGGACACCGCACCAAGCUGUAAAAUCCACAACCACACCAUCGACAGAUUCACAAAAGCAAGGCAGUGACAGCUGUUCUAAAGAGUCCAUACAGAAGCUGAGUGAAUGUGUGAACCCUAGUGACUCACAACAAGUGCACAUGGAGGUGCACACUAUAAGUGCAAGUGUGCAUCCACCUCCCACUACAGCUGAGGAUGGGGAAUUGAAGGUCGCGGAGAAAGUACUAGAGAUGAGAGAGACUCAGACCGCUGCUGUCCCGAGCUCAAGGCAUUCAAUCGUCCCUGUCCAAGUGAAACUCAAUGGCAGCGGCUCACCCCAAUCAGGAAGAGGCUGCAGUGCAUCACCGAGCCCUUGCUCUGCCCCUCCCUCACCACACCUUUACAUUGGCUCCCCAGAGCGACGUCCCUCCCCUCAGCCCUCUCCAUUGGCCAUGGACCCAGCUGGGCGAAGACUUACCCCUGUGAGUGACAGUGACCCCAAAACCCCAUCCCCUGUCCCUGACAACACCCCCACCUUCCCCCUGGCGUCCUACUACUAUCCCCUUCUCAACAUCCCCCACAUCCCAUACUCGGGGUACACCGCUGUCACUAUCCCCGCCGCCCAGCCCCCACUCCCUGAAAAGAGGCGCCUGUCUUCCAUGCCAGGGUACCGCAGCGGGCAUGGCUCCCAGUCCAUCCUGAGUUCCUCCCUGGGUGCCAUAGGACCCAUGGGUACCUCUCCCCAAUCUAGCCCCCUCCACGUCACUGUCUCCCCCUCGGUGGGGGUGGGGGGACUGACGCCCCCUAUUGUCAGAGAGGAAAACAGCAAAGUCAAAUCCAAGUUUGUACAGGACAGCUCCAAGUUCUGGUACAAGCCUGGCAUCUCCAGAGACCAAGCCAUCGCUGUAUUGAAGGACAAAGAGCCCGGCUCCUUCCUGAUCAGGAACAGUAACUCCUUUCAAGGGGCCUACGGUCUGGCCCUCAAGGUGGCCAGCCAUCCUUCAAACAACAUCAACAACAACAUAGUGGUUGAUCAGGAGCAUCUGGUCAGACACUUCCUCAUUGAGACAGGCUCUCGCGGGGUCAAGAUAAAGGGCUGUCAGAAUGAGUCCUAUUUCGGAAGUUUAUCUGCCUUGGUGUACCAGCGCUCACUCAGCCCUAUCUCCCUGCCAUGCGCUCUAUGCAUCCCUGAGAAAGAUCUGGUCGGAGAGCUGCAAAGUGUCAGCAACACCAGUACGGCAGCUGACCUCCUGAAACAGGGCGCAGCCUGUAACGUGCUCUACCUAAACUCUGUGGAGACAGAGUCACUAACGGGGCCUCAGGCUGUCUCCAAGGCGACCAGGUGCACUCUGACCCAGAGCCCUCAGCCCAUGACCACCAUGGUCCACUUCAAAGUGUCCACUCAGGGCAUCACACUGACCGACAAUCAAAGGAGACUCUUCUUCAGGAGACACUACCCCAUCAACAGUGUGACCUUCAGCAGCGUGGAUCCUCAGGACAAGAGGUGGACUAAUUCUGAUAACAAGUCAAGCAAGGUGUUUGGUUUCGUGGCCAGGCGGACUGGCAGCACAUCGGAGAAUGUGUGUCACCUGUUUGCCGAGAUGGACCCAGAGCAGCCGGCUGUGGCCAUCGUCAACUUCAUCAACAAGGUCAUGCUGGGGCCCCAGCAGCAGCAACGCAGAUGAGUUAGGACUCCCAGGGGCCACAGAGAAAGGGCAUAACUGGGUGUAAAUCGGUGUGUGGAAGGAAAUUGGUGGUUUGGGUAUGUGUGUUUUUGCAUGUUUGAAGACAGCUGUCAACUGGUGAGGAACCGGAUUGGGCACAAUCAUGUCCAUCAGGACGGUAUAUUACAAAGGUACAGAAUAACUUUUGAGGUGAUAGCUUUAAGCUUUUCCUCUACAAUUGAGUGGAUUAACACCACCUCUGCCAGGGGAGAUUUUCCAUUUCAUUAUUUUGUAACGUCAAUUCAGUUACUGUUUGCCAUCACCUUUCAUUUAAUCAUGUUAUUCAUGACUAUGAAGUAUUUGUCAUUUUAAAUAGGAAAGCCUUGUAAAAGCCUGUACGGUGUCAAUGACUACCCAGUUUGCACACAUGCAGAUAUGGAAAAUCACUUGUUUUGUUGGUCAGUAUUAUGUUACCCAAUGUCUGUAUAGUCAACCUCUUUGAAGAGAAAACAGUCCGGAAGGGGAUUAUACAGUAAAUACACGUUGUGGACAAAACAUUAAGAACACCUGCUCUUUCCAUGACAGACUGACCAGGUGAAUCCAGGUGAAAGCUACGACCCCUCAUUGAUGUCCGUUGUUAAAUCUACUUCAAUCAGUGUAGAUGAAGUGGAGGAGACAGGUUAAAGAAUUAUUUUUAAGCAUGGAGACAAUUGAGACAUGGAUUGUGUAUGUGUGCCAUUCAGAGGAUGAAUGGGCAAGAAAAAAAAUGUAAGUGCCUUUGAACAGGGUAUGGUAGUAAGUGCCAGGCACACCGGUUUGUGUCAAUAACUGCAACGUUGCUGGGUUUUUUCAUGCUCAACAGUUUGUAUCAACAAUGGUCCACCACACAAAGGCCAUCCAGCCAACUUGACACAACUGUGGGAAGCAUUAGAGUCAACAUGGGCCAGCAUCCCUAUGGAACGCUUUCAACACCUUGUAGAAUCCAUGACCUGACGAGUUGAGGCUGUUCUGAGGGAAAAGGGGGGGGUGCAACUUUAUAUUAGGAAGGAGUUCUUAAUGUUUUAUACACUGUGUGUAUGUGUGUGUAAUGGAAUGUCAGAAAUAGGAAGCGGAUUGGGAGUCAUUUUACUGCAUUUAUAGUUGCACUGAAAGGUCAGCAUUUCCUGGGUCAUGUUCAUUAAUAACCAAACAAACUGAAACAGGGAGGGACUACCUGGACUUGCUGUUGGAAAGGUUUUCCUUGCGUGUCCUAAUGAACAUGUCCAUAGUCUUUGUUAUGGUUUCUUUUUUUAAUUCACACACAAUAUCCCAAAUAAUAUUUUCCACACCUUAAAAUAGCUUUUCUACAUGAUGUUUAUGCAUUAUUAAUGAUUGUGCAUUAUGCAGUUUAGUGUAGCAAUUAAUAAAUGUGAGCAUGUAAGUGAUAUUGGUCUCGCAUUGAGAAUCAGGAAAGAAUCCUUCCCCCGAUAAACUUGUUUUUGAUAUGAUAUCAAACUAUAUUUCAUAUGCAAAUUAAAUCAACCUGCUAAUGAACCAUGCAGUCAACUGUAGCUUUAAAAUAGUCCCAGCUCAACAUGCUUCACAGAAUGGGAUACAGCAAGAAAAGGACCAUAACUGAAUAGUUGUAUGAUCUUAUUUUUAAUGUGUUAUCUUGGAGAAAGAAGUCACUUACUGGAAUCUGAGGACAACUAUAAUAUCACAUUAGAAAAAGUCAUCCAUCAACACUAAAGGGGUACAAAUUCGUAUUGUCUAAUUGCCUAGGUAUGCAAAUCAGUUUCACUGAAGCCAAAGACAAUAACCAAGCACUCAUAUUUUGUUUUGUAUAUGUAUACUGCAUUAUUGAGACUUGGUUAUUUUAUACUCUUUUUGCUGUUUUGUUGUUAUCGAGUGUUUUCUAUGAAAAAAACAUAUUUUUCACAUGACAGAAAUAAUAUAUUUUAAGUGUCUGAAAAAGUUUAUAGGCCUACACAUGGUGUAAGAAAAACAUGUAUCUUUUUUAACUGAAAAUCUAGUAAAUAAAAUGGUUAAAUUAAUUAUGUCUGCCUUUAUUGCAAUUCCCUCUGAAAAAUUUGAUAUUUCCUUGGGAUUUUAUUAGAUCCAGCAAAAUAGGCCUGUGGUGGUAGACUAUUUAUGGGGAUAUCAAAGAAUGGAUGAGACCACAAAUUCACAUUCAUCCAUGAUUUAAAUCUGAGAUAUAACUACCAUUAAUUGUAAUGUUAAUAAGAUGGGCAAUUUAUAAAUUGUGUGACGAAGGAUAUUUUAAAUCAAAAGGACGAGGUCCUACCGAGAUUUGAACUCGGAUCGCUGGAUUCAAAGUCCAGAGUGCUAACCAUUACACCAUAGGACCGCUCUCGGCUUAAACCUCUACAACUAGUGCUGUUAUACAGUCGUUGCUAUUCUACCCCGUAAACAAAUUGCUCGCUCGCUCGUGUUUUAGUAACGCUAUUCAAGUUUGUAGUUGCAGCUUUAACAGCAGCAAUUUACAACGUGGAAUUGCAAAAAGAUUACAAGCCUAAAUGUGGGCAAAAGAAAAAGACAUGGUUAGCUAGCAAACGAAUUAUCUAGUUGACCAGCUACUGAAUAGAGCAGCAACAGUGGCUAGCUUUCCCCUCGUAGUUUUCUGCUAGUUAUCUACGUACAGCUAGAAAAUAACACCGAUCUUAUUAAUUAAUUCGUCCUCGAUUCUAUUUUCACAAUUUUAAUCGCUAGAUGAGGGUUUCUCCUAGCAAACAAACGUCACCAUCCAGCUAACGUCAGCAUAGUUAGGCUAUCUGUUAGCUAGCUAGCUACAUUGAACCAAAAAGGCAUUACGGUUCGUAAAUGUUGAAGACGAAUACUGGUUUCUGCUGGACAUAAUACGGCAUACAACUAGGAAAGUUCAAUUUGCGUAGCUAGCUGCGCUGCAAGUGUGUAUGAUGCAUGUUCAUGAUGGUAUUGCUUCCGGCCCUGGUUAUGUUGCAGCUGACAUAUACAGCCCUUCUGAGUGGGAUAGAUGCCGCGUUCACGUUAAGGUCGUAACUAUUUAUUAUUAUUAUUAUUAUUAUUAACAACAAAUCAAUACAGGAAGUAUAAAUAAUAUACAAAGGACAAUUGGGCUUGGGGCGGGGCUAGGGGGUAAAAUAUCACAUUACACAAGGACUUUAAGGGACAUACAGGCAGUUAACCCACUGUUCCCAGGCCGUCAUUGAAAAUAAGAAUAUGUUCUAAACUGACUUGCCUGGUUAAAUAAAGGUAAAAUAAAAAUAAAAUACAUACACUUAUAAUUCUAACAGCUUUUUUGUUAGUAGAGCAUUUCAUUGUCUUAAAAUUCAGUUCAAUUUAUUUUUGUAAGGUAAGAAAAUGUGGUGUUUUGUUUGUAAAAUUUACAUUUGUGAAUAUGAAAUUUG